UAUCCUAUCCAUUUUGUAGUUGUCGUCAGCGCUACGGGUUGGCGUUUGGUUUCGUGUUCGCGUUUUGUGUUUGAUUGACAUUUCUUUACUCGUUUAUUUUCGUGUGAUGUAAAUUGUAGCGAGUUAGGCAUUAUUCUUUAGUUAAAGCGGCCAAUCGUAGAAGUGUACUCUGGAACACAAUGACUGUAGUGUAAAUAAUUUAGAGCAAGGAGCAAAUCCUUUUUUCUUUAAAGACAAUUAGUUUGUUUUUAAAAAACAAAUUGGAACUUUGCAAUCAUGGUUCAAGAAUACGUAUCCCCUGUGAGGGUACACAAGUACCCCUUCGAAAUGGUGAUGGCCGCAUACGAGAUGCGGUUCCCCAGCUGCCCGCAGAUCCCGGUGGUGAUCGAGUGCGUCAUCACCGAGGACAGCUGGUCGGCGGACGACUCGCAGAGAGACACCACCAGGAAGUGCCAGCUCAACGUCGAGGCGCCGUAUUUGCUGAAGAAGAUGAUCGGUGUGGAUUACGUGUACUUCAUUCAGAAGAACCACCUGGACCUCAAGAGCAGAGUGCUAGAAAUCGAAGCCACGAACGAGACCUUCGCCGCCAGGGUCGGAGUUGUCGAGAAGUGUAAAUAUUAUGUGCAUCCAGACAAUCCAGAUUGGACAUGUUUUGAGCAGAGAGCGUUGCUCGAUGUGAAGAACUUCUUCGGUCUCGAGAACACCGUGGAGAAGAUCGCCAUGAAACAGUACGCCGCCAACAUAGCGAAAGGGAAGGAACUGAUCGAGGAAUUCAUGAAGGAGGUGCACGCGGGCGGCGUGACGGAGCUAUCGCCGUGGAGCGCGGGCGAGCCGGCGCGCAACCGCGAGCUGCGGCGCGUCGUGGCGCGCGGCGCCGAGCCGCUGUCGCCGCGCCCCGCCGCCGAGGGCAAACGCCUGUCCAUCGCAGAUCCCUACACCCUGGACAGCGAGUACAUCAAGCGGUACCUGGGCGAGCUGACGCCGGUACAGGAGUCCAGGCUGCUGCAGCUGAGGAAAUGGAUUGCAGACUUGCAGAAAGGAAAGGUUCCCAGCGACACGACGCUGCUUCGUUUCCUGCGCGCGCGCGACUUCAGCGUGGAGAAGGCGCGUGAGAUGCUCUCCCAGUCGCUGCUGUGGCGCAAGAAGCACCAGGUGGACCGCAUUCUCUCCGAGUACGAAACCCCGGACGUCGUCAGGCAGUACUUCCCAGGCGGCUGGCACCAUCACGACAAGGACGGACGUCCGCUUUACAUUCUUCGACUGGGCCAGAUGGAUGUCAAAGGAUUGCUGAAAUCUAUUGGAGAAGAUGGACUCUUGAAGUUGACGCUUCACGUUUGUGAAGAAGGACUGAAACUGCUCGAAGAAGCGACUCGCUCAUCAGAGCACGCGAUCCAGUCGUGGUGCCUCCUGGUGGACUUGGACGGGCUCAACAUGCGGCACCUGUGGCGGCCCGGAGUGAGGGCCUUGCUGAGGAUCAUACAGAUCGUGGAGGCGAACUACCCGGAGACGAUGGGGAGGGUGCUCAUUGUGAGAGCGCCGAGGGUGUUCCCGAUUCUGUGGACCAUUGUUAGCACUUUCAUAGACGAAAACACACGCAGUAAGUUCUUGUUCUACGGCGGCAAGGACUAUCUGCAGCCCGGUGGACUACUCGAUUACAUACCCAAAGAUCUAAUACCAGACUUUCUUGGGGGACCUUGCAAGAGCUUCGUUCACGAAGGAGGUCUAGUGCCCAAGAGUCUGUACGUGAGCGGGGCUUUCACGGAACGUGACGGCGACCCUCUAAGCGAGGACAGUAUCUACCGAUCUGUCAGCUUGGGGAAGGGACAGCUCCAUGAAGUGAUAGUGCACAACCGCGACCCGCAGAGCGUGCUGACGUGGGACUUCGACGUGCUGCGCCACGACAUCUCCUUCACCGUGUACCGCAGCGACCGCGAGCUCGACCACCCCGACCGCGCCGCUGCGGCGUGCGGCGGUGGUGCGGGCGCGGAGGAGAGCCGCUCCGUGCUGGAGGGGUGCGGCGGGCGGGAGGGCGAGCACUACCACCGCGUGGAGCCCGCGCUCGUGUGCCACGACGGGGAGAGUAUACAGGGUUCGCACGUGAUGUCGGAGAGCGGCAGUUACGUGCUGCAGUGGCGCUGCGAGGCGGCCGACAGCGCGCGCGCCGCGCAGCUCAUGUACUUCCACGAGACGCUCGCCAGCCACCACUACCGGGGCUCAAUGUCAAGCCUUCAGUCGGCAAUCAGCGGGUUCUCGUGCCUCAGCGGCAAGUCGGUGACCAGCUCCUGUCCCUCGAGGUGAUGCGCGCCCUCCGCCCCGCCGCUCUCCCCGCCGCCCCUCUCCCCGCUGCAGCUCACCCCGCCGCCCUCGCCGCCACUGCUCUAAGACUUGGGGCCAUUUGGUAAUACUUGGGGCUAACCUGUAAUAUUGGUAAUAUUGUGUGUUAAAAAUAGUGGUUCGGUUUUUAACUAUAGGCACACUUUGCCGCCAGUGUUAUAUGACAUCAUUCGGUCAUUUGGUAAUACCGGGGCUAACCCGUAAUAUUGAUGAAAAUUGGUAAUACUGUGUGAUUACUGUACUGUUGUGGUGUUAGCGCUUUUUAUUUAAUAAUAAUUAGCUGUGUAUUGGAUAAUGACGCUAAAAUAUACGUAUCGUAUAUGUGUCUAUGAUCUACUAUUGGGGAUAAAUGACAAUACUGUGUGAUUACAGUACUGUGGUUUCAGCUUUUAUCUAUUGUUAGCUGUGUAUUGAACAACGAUGUUGAAAUGUACUGAUCGAAUUUGUUUCUAGUUUCCCUGAUCUAUUGCAAAGAACCAAUGUGGUUUCAUCGCUUUUAACACAGUAAUUAGCUGUUUAUUCGAUAAUGACAUUAAAUAUGUUUGAGACAAAAAUAUGCUUACGGAUGAAUGUGGAUCACAAUUCACAAUCGUGUGACUCGUUCAUAUGAAUGUUAACAAAUGAACACCAAUAUAAUGAACACCAUUAUAUUAUUAUACCCAGUCAAGCUUCGCUUUGACGCGAGCAACCAAUCGUAAGAAGGCUAUCGGCGACAAAAAGAGUUUUUAGCCGCUUACAUGUAAGAUGUUAAGUAUCGUUAUUUCACUAAUGACUAUAUUGUUAUUGAGUACAUUGGUUUUCGAGUCGUCUAAAUCGAGUGUCAAAAAUUAUAAAAUUUUAAGAGUUGAAUGAAUUAUUAUGGGUAAAAUUUAAAACAAGUAUAAACUAAUGUCAUUGUACUCUUUAUUCCAUAUAGGGAAUAUUAGUAAUACAAGUACCAAACUGGCUAUGAAAUUGUUAGCAAAAAUGUAAAUUAAAUUGACAAUUGUCCUAAUAUGGUGUACUUUUCCUUUAUUUUGAGUUAUUUGGGGUAAUAUGGUAAUACGUAUGCGUAACACUUUUUGGCUUUCGAUUAUUGUAUAUACGUCUAUAUUAAUGAAUUAAUAUAAGUAAGUAUUUGUGUUAAUAGUUUGUAUGGAACGGGACAAUUUAAUGAUGAGUGAUAUAUUUCUAAUUGUGACAUAAAAUGUGGUAAAGUCGCCACACUUAGGUAGAAUAUAAUGCUAUAAUUACUAAGUUGAUCUGAAAACUUGGCUAUACUAGAAAGUGAUAAAAAAGAAUAAGUAAGUAAAUAAAUGAAUUAAAUUAGUAAAUUAAGGAUGUCUAAAAACAUUGACGAAUCAUGACUAGAAUAUCAAAUUAUUCACAGAUCCGAUAUUUUUAUAAUCAUGAUAAUUUGAAAAAAACUGGUAAAACAAAGUUCUGAAUAAACAGGGCCAAAUGGCAGUGUUGUAAUAUUGGGGAUAAACAGUAAUCAAUUUAUUAAAUGUUAUAAUAAAAUAUUUUUUACCUGACACCUAAACAUUUGCACAUUCUGUGUGUGUAUUGUCUAUAAAUGAACGCAAGAUAUCAUUUUACACUACACAUACACACACGUGUUAGUGUUUUAUAUGUUAAGCAAAAUUAAUUACAUAUAUUAAUUUAGUACAUAAACUGUAUUGAGUUGUUUCAUAAAAUUAAUGAACGGCUCAUAUACACGUGAGUUUUUGUAGAAAUUUAGCAGUCUAUUUUCGAAUACUUUUGAACCUCGUAUGCGUAGCCUUAAUAACUCCACGGUAAAGCGGCCCAACUCACGCCAAGAGGUCGUGGGUUCGAUCCCCAUUCGCUGGCCUAGUGUCAUACCCACUGAUACCACCGUCUUUUCUGGCUAAUUGGAGGGCAACAUUGGUCAUAUUUCAAAGAUACGGCAAGUAUUCUUUAAAAAAAAUCAAAAUUCGUAUGAUUUAAACGUACAGGAUGCAAAUUAAACAGGCAGUUUUCGAAUAUGUAUACUUAUUAGAAAUACGAAUCAAUUUCGAGUAAAAUAAUAGCUUUAUCGAGCUGGUGAGGUAAAAAUUAUUGGUCCUCGUACCAAUAAUUUUAUAACUAUUAUUAUCUCCACUACCACUCUGAGGAAUUAAAAAAAAUAUGUAAAUAUGUAAGCUUUAUUAUAAAAAAAAAGUUGAAGUUAUUCUAGUAACACACAGCUUAGCUAUCAUACAGAUCAGAAAUUACCGUAUUUGCGUACAGCAAGCGAUUCAUAUGAAGCGUGUUUUGAAUAUUCUCUUCUCCAUUAUAACCAUAUUUACUGGUUGACAAUGUAUUCAAUAGCAAAAAAUGCACCUGAGAUUUUGAUCGUUUCGUCUUCGUUUAUCUUGAUCUUUAAUCUUUACCUUUUGUUUUCUGUAUAAGUCUUUAGCCAAUAUUGUUUAUACUUUACUUAAUUCUUUUUUUAAUAUCUAUCCUGUCCCAAAUGAAUAUCCUGUUUCAAGACAUGUAAUCACUUUUUGAUGUAGUAAUACAUUGUCAACCAAGGCACAAUAGUAGUAUACAAUUAUGUGCAGUGUAUUUGACGUGAGUAUCGGUUAGAAAAGCUAAUAUGGAAAAUACUGUUAUUUAAUCAGUAUCACAAAAAUUAAUCAGUUUUUAUUUGUUUUUUUUUUUUCCAUAAUGAUUAUAUUUAUUUCCGAACUGUGUGAUCCUUAAGCUGUGUCGUGACGUAUAAAAUCCAGAAUUUAAACAAUGUUAUCGUAGCAAUAAAUUACGUCGAUCACACAGCUCAGCGCCGCGCCGCUCUAAUUGUGGCCCUAACGUCGAGCAAAUAGAGUUUAUUUUUGAAUAAGUAGACAAUUACUUAGAUUUAAGCUAGUUGUAAAAAUAGUAAGUAGUUAAAAUAUUUAGUGAUUAGUCGCUCGCAACGAUUCAUCGUUAUGAUUUAAAUUUUAGGAAUACGUAAUUUAUAGAUUAUAGUUUUAUGUAUAUAAAUGUUUGGUGUUGCAAUAUUUAUUUUUAAAACACCGCAUUAAAAAAUGAUUUGCCGGACAUUUUAUAUGAAGCUCUGUCUUUCUCGUAAAUAAGAUAUGGUCGUGAAUGCCGUAAAAUACAUGUAUUUCGACAUACAGGGGAUUUAUAGAUACAUACUUUCCGUUGACCGAACUAUGUAAUGUAUAAAAUUUGGCAAGUAAUACACAGGUAUCUAGAGAAAAUUAAAUAUACCAUUUUGUUUUAAUGACAAAUAUACCAUUUGUCAUUAAAACAAAUAAUAAAGUCAUCAUUUAAAUUAUGCAACUAAUCGAGGUUAAGCAAAUAUGCGACACGCACUUGUCCGGAUUUUUUUUCAUAAGCUCUUUUCGGUUGAUACUUUUGUAUUCCUUCGUUUAGGCUUAUUUUUAAAGAAGAAUCGAUUGUAUUGAGCAACUAAAUGACUUCUAGCAAGGAAUCGGUGAACAAAGAAACUAAUGUACAAAGUUUUAAUAUGAAUGGAGAAUUAUAUUUCAAACGAGGCGGAUAUUUUUAUGAAUUGUCAGCAAAUCGUAUGAAAUUGGAAUUUUUUUUUGAUUUUUUUAUUUUUAUUGUUUUUCACAAAGUGCGAAACAGUUCGUCCAUUUUCGUAUUGCGUUUAUAAUUAUAACUGACAACAAACGUAAUAUGAAAAUUUACAAAUUAUAACAGUCACUGAUUUUUAUAAUUUACUUACUCCGCUGUACGUAAUUGCACUAAAUUGACAACUGUAAAAUUAGUGCUGUCAUUACACACACACAAAAGUGACAGCAAUAUUUUUUUAAUCUGUUUGAUUUACAGUUACAUCCGAAUCGGUGUUAUUAUUUGGAAAAUUAUUAUUAUAAUUUUUUUUUAUAAUAUUUUUAUACCCACGCUUUAAGUCCAUCAGAGCAUACUUACUUUUUUUUUUGACAUAUAUUGAGAACAAACUUAUAUAUAAUAUAAAAAUAAAAAUUUACAAAAAUUAUAAUUAUAUGAAAAGUCACUAAUGUUGGUACUAUAUAAAUAAAAAUUAAUAAAAAUUGUCUAUUGGACUUGGGUGUAGAGUGCGCGCACGAUAAGUUUGCACGUGGUCAAAAUCGGAUCUAAUUAAAAGUGCCGCCAUCUUGUCGUCUAUCUCUAUCUAUCUCUUGGCGGGUAAAAGAGAUCACUAAAGCUGGCAAUAUAAUUGCGCCGCCAGUCGCGCGCAGAUUUAUCUCUAAUCGCACUCUAAUGGUAAAGUGUUUGGCAGUAGACAAUCAGAAAGAGCGUUGGUGUGAACGAACGUUCUAACUACCGCACACAUACAAAUGUAAGUUGGCCGACUAAAUCGCCGAAAACUAAUAGGUAUAUAAUAAUUAUCAAGAGGCAGAAUUCUUCUCGCUACAUACUUUAAUAUGACGCGAGUGUAUGUAAGUGGGCGGACAAUUGUGCCUCUGAGUAUAUUAUGAGACCCCGCACAUCUCCUAAUAAAGUGUACACUACGAUCAGUGUGUCCACGAUCACUAAUCAGAACUCCGAUUCCUUUCGAUUACGGCCAAUUGCGUACAAUUAUUAAUUACUUACAAAUAUAUGUCUGCGGGCACUCUAUGUGACAGAUCUUCAGUUUAUGCACACAAACGCGUUUUUUCUGUCAUCUUAAUACUCUAUAUGGACUUUUUGGAAAAAUAUUGAUUAUAUCUAAACAUAGCUUGCAAUAAAUGAACUGAGAAAGCUCAUGAUGGAUGUGUAAUGGAGCAGUGUGCAAGUAUUAAGCGAUUUAAAUCUAUUGUUAUAAUAAAAAUUGUGUAUUUUGUCAAUAAAAAUAAAAGAGUGACAGAACAGAUGUAAAUACAUCUGAAUUUUUCGUAUUUUUGCCUCGUGUUGUGAAAUAAGAAAAAGAAAUAACAUUACAAUACAGUAGCAUUUUAUGAUAUAUGAGUACCUACACUGUUUACUGACCAAAUCAUUUCCUAAUUUGCAAGUAAUGUUCUGUACAACUGCUGCAAGUGUUACAAAUCCAAAAAAUGUUUUCAAAAUAACGUUUACUUUGUAAGCCUGUUAACGGUUUACGACCUAAAGUUACAUUUAGUAAAUAAUUUGUAGUUGUCGUCCAUUUUCUAAUAACUCAUUUUGUUCUGUCACUCUAUAUAAUAUCUAUUAGUAAAUAUUAGUAAUGCUCAUAGAAAUACGUAUUGUGCGUAGUAAAUAUAGUAUCUCAAUAUUUGAGGAUAUAUUGUAAUAUAAUAGGUACGAGUUAACUUUGCCCCUUCUGUGGAAUUGAACGAAAAUCUCGCAUAUUUUUGCUAAAAUACUGUAGACACUACGAAUAUAUAAAAUAGAUCUGGAAUAAAUUGUAAUAGUUCAUUUUAAGAUAACGGCGUUGAUUCGGUGGUAAAUAUGUAAAUAUCUAUAUUACACAAAAUUGACAGGUCUCUGCAUAGUGGGGAAAAUGUCUAAAUGUUACCACUAUUUAUAGACUUGUGAAUUUAGUUGAUCAAUGAUUCUUAUAUCGACUUCGAACGUCACAACGUACCUUAUUACAAACUCCGAAAUGUUUUAUAUUAUAUACCUAAUGCUUAAUAGUAGGGGAGCCCGGGAUGCUAAAUUUGCAGUUACUAAAGCGUGAUGGCGACCGAUUACAUUUGGUGGAUUAAAUUUUGGGAAGAAUAAAUGAUUAUUUUCUUUUUUUUUGUUUUUAGUGGUGGAAAAUAAAACUACAGACUUUAAAAGCCAUUUUUAUUACUUUGGCUUGCUGAAAUUGUCAGAAAAUUUUGCUAAUUAGGAGGAUAUUUACUUCAAAAUAAGUAAAAAAUUAAUCGCGCUCGUAACUCUAGAACUGAAAUAUGAGGGUUUUAUUUUGUAACUUUGGAACCCUCCCAUUCCAUUACGUUACGCUCAAAUCGUCAGUUUUCGAAAUGCGCAGUUUUUAGCUAGCUUGCUUAUAGUCCCUUAUGAUUAUCUGCCGCGCGAGUAACUGCAAAAAUCCCCUCUUCGGCUCCCCUACUAUAUGUAAGUUAUCUUCAUAAUUUUAUCGUGACCAACUUUCCAAUCACCCUUUAAAUAUGUUUAAAAUAAACGUAAGGUGAACACGAAGGCUCAGAUAAUGCAAAACAUAUAUAUUAUUUACUAAAGAUUUUAUUGAAUCAAAAAUUAUUUUUAAUUUGGAAAUGGUCUUUUUUAAGAAAAAAAAAAUUAAAUUGAUACUGAUGUACAAUAACACAAAACUAUAAAUUAAUCUAAGGCGACUACUAAACAAGACUUCUUCAAGCAGAAGAAGAUUUAAUUUCAAUUUGUCAAUUUAAUAUGUAGAAGUUUAGAGAUUUAUAUUUUAAGUACAAUUAAUAUUACUAGAGUUUCUUUUCUUCAGUUUUAUACAAUAGUUCAGAACAGUAUUCAUACUUAACAUGGAAAAAAAUCUUACUAUGAUCGGUUUUUAUACCUAUAAAACCAUAAUUUAAGUAAAAUUUAUGUUUGAUCUAAUUUAAGUACUUUAUGGUCAAUAAUAAUAUCUGAAUGGACUCAUUUGAAUCGUUUAUUAAUUAUUGUGAUUUUAAUGCUUGAUUAGCAAAAAGUUUCAAAAUAAGCACAAUUUGAGAUUUGUACCUAAAUACAUACUGAAAUAGUUUUUUUUACACAAUUUGCAUAUCACGAAUUACAAAUAACGGUAUAAUAUAUAGGUGUUAAUUGGAUUGUACUCAAAUCUAAAUGUACACUAAAUUGACAGCUCUAAACGUCAUCCUAGUUACCUUAACCACAUUCACUAUACUCUGUCUAAUGAAAGUAGAGACUUAAAUCGCCUGCCAAAUAAAAGAAAAGCGGCGCAUAUUCUCAAAAUUACAGUGCAAAUAUUGUAAUAAAUGAGUUUAGUACAUAUAGUAUAGGUAAUGUAAACAAACAAAAAAUCAUUUAAACAAAUUAUGAAAACGCAUGUUUUUUUUUGUUUAAAAGAUAUUUUAUUUUUAAAUUAGGCUAGCGAUUACAGUCUCUACUUUCAUUAGUCAAACUCUAUAUAAUAAACUUGACAAGUUCCUUCUUGCAAUACGCGGCAAUACUUUGACAGUUGACUGUCAAAUUGGUUUAUGUGUAAUGUGUGUUCAGCCUAACAGCACCUAUAUGCACCUACGUUUUUAAUUUUAAAGUAUUUAACUGUUUUGAAAGACUUGUGAGAGUAUGAGCUAAGUAAUUAAAUUAAAAUUAAAUAAAUUAAUUAAAUAUCAAAGCUUAAAAAACGAAGAUUAAGAAUGCUAUUAAAUGUUGAUAAUUAAAGUCCUAUAAACAUAACAAAAACUGUUAGUAGAUUUUAUUGUCUAUUAAAUAAAAUGCAUUAGUUUCA